UUUCAUAUCUGGCUUAAUAGAAGACAGCUAGAUUUUUAUCUGUUUCUGAAUUCAAUCUGUUAUGAUAGCUUGUUUUGGUUGAAGUAUAUGAGAAAAUCCAGCCUAACAUGGAUAAGUAGUCGGAAAAGGUAGGGGACCCCCAGGGGUCUUUGGAUCACACUUUGAGAACUGCUGAAGGAGACAAUUUCAUCUUAAAAUCACUGUGAUGACCUUUAGUGUUCUAAGUGAAAGAAAACUUACUCUUUUUUGGAACACCUCAUUCACCUUCCCUUAGUUCCCUUCAUUCGUUAUUUCCAAGUUCUUUUUCCCCUUUUCACCUUUCUUACUUAAGUUGAGUGGGUAGGAUCUGAUAGUGCAAUUUUCCUUUACUUUCAUACUUAAAGCUUUAUUGGAUUUCCCCCCCUCUCUCAUCUGAGGUAAAAACAGAAACAAAAAAAAAACCCUUCAAAUGUUAUUCCUGGCUCCAGAGCCCUUGGUUAUUUAGUAGCUGGUCAGAUGAAAGUUGGUGGUAUUUUGUGUAUUUAUUAACUGUCUGGUUUUAAAAAAAUUUCUCUCUCUCUGCACUACAUUUUAAUAUUUCUUAUUGUGGAAGAAGAAAAUUCAUCUGAAACAGAGGAGCAGAGACUUGAGUUGUCAGAAAGUGACUUCUUGGCUUUCCCUUCUCUAUUGAUCAGAGGCACAAAGAAAGUGUAGCUUCUGAGCUGAAUGAUGACAACAUUGCAGAGUAAAGAAGAAUGUGGGAAGGGGCCAAAGAAAACCUUUGCCCCACCUGCACAAAAAUUGCAUAGCUUGAUGUGCUAUAGCCCUAACCCACCCAAGGAGGAGACCCUGGAGAUCAGUUCCCCAAAGGCCAGGUCAGAGAAGAAGGAAGAGAAAGCAACCACAGAAAAUGGUCCAAGCGGUGGCCAGGAGAAUAAAGGAAAGCCUCAAGACAAGCAAGCAGUGAAGAAAGAAAAGGAAAGAGCAAGUCUCACCAAUGCAGAAUUUGAGGAGAUUGUCCAGAUUGUGCUACGGAAGUCCCUCCAGGAGUGCUUGGGUACUUCCUGUGCCCAGCCCAUAAGAUGCACCCAAUUAGACAAGGAACCAAGAAUUGCUUCUUCUACUGAUAAUGACAAUGCUGAUGGAGAGAGGGUAAUGGCACCACAUAUUCUAGAGAUUUCAGCCACUGAGGAAGCUGGAGUAACCUCUGUGAUAAAGAGAUCUAAGCCAGGCCAGCCGGAUCCUGCACCCUCUGAGAAGAAAUUCAGCAGAUCUUCCCUAAGCAAAGGAAAGAAGGGAGCUCAAGAUGAGAAAAUGGAAAAGGCCCAAAGUGGACAUGAGCAGAGACAGAAAGACCAACUGAAAAAACCAGUUCAAGAUGAUUCUCAGACCAGAAACCAACAAAAAGGAGAAGGCGGUGGUUUUGUUGCCAGGGACAGAUGA